AGGGGAAGAUCCAAAUCAAAUCAAAAGAAGUUGAAAUCUUGGGUAAUGAGAUGAGCAGAGAAACUCGAUCCACCGAAGAAGAAGGUGCAUCUGAUUUAAUGGAGAAGGCAGCAGAAGCUGCGGAUGAUCUGUACAGGAUACGAGACACUUACUUUCCUCCAGACCCAAAUGACAAAAUCUCCAAACUGCAAACGCAAUCUCAAGUCGCUCUCAAUCUCCUUGACUCCAUUCCUCCCGAACAAAGGAGAGUGCCUACACAACGCGCAACAUAUGAACACUUGAAAGGAAAGAUAUUAGAUGUGUUCCCUGAAUAUACGAAAAAAGCAGAAGACCAUCUUUCAAAAGCUGUUAAGCUGAAUCCAUCUCUUGCAGAUGCUUGGCUAUGCUUAGGAAAUUGUAUAUGGAAAAAGGGAGAUCUACCCGCAACAAGGAACUGCUUUAACCUUGCUCUAAGCAAGGGUCCAAACAAAAGGAUACUAAGCCAAUUAUCAAUGCUUGAAAGACGAAUGGCUCAAGGUGUGGAUAAUCAGGAGGAAAUUGUUGCAGAAAGCAUCAAACACGCAAAGGAAGCUAUUGCUUUAGAUGUCAAGGAUGGGAAUUCAUGGUACAACCUCGGGAAUGCUUGCCUUACAUGUUUCUUUGUGACGGGGGCAUGGGAUCACAGCAAAUUACAGCAGGCAUUGAAAGCAUACCAAAAUGCCGAGAAAGAUGAGAGCAUGAAGUCAAACCCAGACCUAUACUUCAACUGUGCUACUGUAAAUACCUAUUUAGAGAACUAUGAGAGGGCGCUCAGUGGAUUUGAAGCCGCUGGAUUGAAAGAUCCUUGUCUUAAUGCCGCCGAGGAAGUUCAAAAGAUGGUCAAUCUUUUCAACAAGUUAGACAGUUUGUUAAAGGGACAAAUUAAGGCCAAACGACUUGCGUCCUUGGCUUCAUCUCUCACUGAAGUUCGAUUGAACCCAUCAUACAAGAGGGCCAGUGUUAAUAAUCUGUUGGAUGGUCUUAACAAGACAAUUGCAAUCGUGGGAAAAGUACUUUUCUUUGUUAAGCAUGAGAAUAUUACUCCCCUGUACUAUCUCGUGUGUGAUUCAAACCAAAUAUCUUUUGUCCUCACAGUAUACAGUAUAAGUAAUGAUGCUAUUAAAGAAGGUGACCAGAUCACGCUGUUGGAUCCAUGCUUCCGCAACAAUGAUUUUUCAUGGAAUGGGAAGCGUUAUCAGUUUAGAUCAGUACGUGUGGAUUUUGUGGAGCAAGUGCACGUAAAUGGGAAAGCCGUCUCUCCUCACCAUUCCGUUCGCUCAUCAAUCUAUGCACAACAUAAACCUUGAAAAGCUUGCAGUAUGUAUCUGGCAUGGAGGGAUGUAGUGAAGAGCAAAUGAAACAUACAAUGAAAACAGAUGACAUAAGAAGGUUUUCGAGUUUUGGGAGGAUAGACUCGUUUUGCUCGAAAACAAUUGCUACACUGCUUGAGAUGGAAGACUGGUCUGCAUACAUUUAAUCCUCCUGAGAGCUUACUUUUAAAUGAAAUAUAUUGGGUUUGUUUGGUGAUUAUUGUGUACAGACAAUUUUUUUGUCUAUAAUUCUUGCAAAGUUCCAUUUCAUGGAAGGGAAGGAGGAUGUAUAAUGACAUUAUUACCCACCCUUUUUCAAGGAUCCACUGUUUUAUGGUUUUAUUCAAUGUAUUUCAUCCUAAUGUCUUAUUUUUCCAUUGAAAGAAGAUGAAGUGGGGUUUGGAUUUGGGACAUGAGUUUUCUUUUUUCUAAUGGUUGUGAGGAGUUGUUUUUCUUAAUUUUGUUAAUACUUUAAACAGAAUUUCUUGAAAUAAUACAUCUGAGUUGACA